CAAAAUAUUCAUUUCUAAUUACUCAAACUAGUAGAUGGCUUGUGGGAAUUUGUGUGCUUCCUUUACAAAGCCAUAAAGGAACCACAAUAGCCGUUAGUGAACAGCAAUGCUAAAACUCAAAGCAACCCAAAUGUUGAGACACUUUCCCUCCACGUCUCUUCAACUCUCAUCUUGUUCAACUUCUGGCUACCUUAACUGUCAACUGCACUCUUUCCUCUCCAACAACCCCUCCUCAUCAACUCUCCAAUCCCUUCUCCAAUCCCAUGCUCUCAUUAUCACCACUGGCAACUCAACCAACAACAUUUUCAUAGCCUCAAAGCUUAUCUCUUUAUAUGCCUUUUUCAACAAACCCCAUUUUUCCACCAAAGUUUUUGAUUCACUUUCCAUCCCAGCAAAGGACACCUUUCUUUGGAAUUCAAUUAUCAAAUCCCAUUUCUCCAAUGGAAACUACGCUGAAUCUUUUGAGUACCAUCUUAAAAUGAGGUUGCAUAACACCCCACCUAAUGAUUUCACUAUUCCCAUGGUUGCUUCUGCCUGUGCUGAGCUCAGAUGGGAAGGUUGUGGGAAAUAUGUUCAUGGGUUGACCUUAAAAUUUGGCCUUUUCGCGGAAAAUUCCGCGGUUGGGUCUUCUUUUGUGUAUAUGUAUGCAAAGUGUGGUUCAAUGGGGGAUGCUUGUCUUGUGUUUGAUGAAAUUAUUGUUAAAGAUGUGGUUGCUUGGACAGCUCUUGUAAUUGGAUAUGUACAAAAUGGGGAGAGUGAGAAGGCUUUGAAGCGUCUUCGUGAUAUGCAUAGGGUCGGUGGGGAUGGUGAAAAAAGGCCAAAUUUUAGGACUUUAGAAGGUGGACUUCAGGCUUGUGGGAGUUUAUGUGCUUUGUAUGAAGGUAAAUGUUUACAUGGUUUUGUGGUGAAAACUGGACUUGGAUUUUAUCCAGUUGUUCAAUCUUCGAUUUUGUCUAUGUAUUCUAGGUGUGGGAGUGUUGGGGAUUCAUAUGCUUCAUUUUCCGAAGUCGUUCAUAAAGAUAUUAUCUCAUGGACAUCGAUUAUUGGUGUGUAUGCUAGAUUUGGUUUUUUGAAGGAAUGCUUAGAUUUGAUUUCCAAAAUGCAGGUUGAUGGUUUAUGUGCAGAUGGAAUUUUGAUUAGUUCGAUUGUUUUGGGUUUUGGAAAUUUCAUGAGUGUAUGCGAUGGAAAGGCAUUUCAUGGAUUACUCAUAAGGAGGAAUUUUCUGUUAGAUCAGAUAGUUCAUAAUGCAUUGCUAUCCAUGUACUGCAAGUUUGGACUCUUAUCAAUAGCAGAGAAACUCUUCGGCAUAAUACCUAAUUGCAACAAAGAGUCUUGGAAUAUAAUGGUUUCCGGCUAUUGUAAGAAUGGACAAGAAGAAAAAAGUAUUGAAUUGUUUAGAGAAAUGCAACAUCUUGGCAUUGAAACUGAUUUAAACAGUUUUGUCUCUGUGAUUUUCUCAUGUUCAGAGCUAGGAGCAAUCCGCAUUGGCCACUCUCUGCAUUGCAACAUAGUUAAAAGUUACAUGGUUGACAACAUCACAAUUGCCAAUUCCCUCAUAGAUAUGUAUGGGAAAAAUGGAAAUUUAACCAUUGCAUGGAGGAUAUUUAAUCAGACACAAAGAGAUAUUAUCCCAUGGAACACAAUGAUGUCAGCCUAUACUCGUUGUGGGCAUUUUUCUGAGGCUAUUGCCUUGUUUGAUCAAAUGAUUUCGGGAAACUUGACGCCCAACUUGGCAACGUUGUUAACUGUGCUUUCAGCUUGUUCUCAUCUUGCAUCAUGGGAGAAAGGGGAAAUAAUUCAUUGUUACAUCAAGGAAGAAGGAUAUGAGCUCUGUCAAUCUCUUGCUACUGCAUUAAUUGACAUGUAUGCAAAAUGUGGGCAACUUGAGAAUUCGAGAGAGUUAUUCAACUCAAUGAAGGAAAAAGAUGCAGUGUCUUGGAAUGUAAUGAUUUCAGGUUAUGGAAUGCAUGGAGAUGCAAAAUCAGCACUUGAGAUUUACCAGCAGAUGGAGAAAUCAAAUGUUAAACCUAAUGCUCUUACCUUUCUUUCUCUUCUCAAUUCUUGUGCCCAUGCAGGCCUUGUUGAAGAAGGGAAGUUUUUGUUUGGUAGAAUGGAACAUUAUUUUCUAAAGCCAAAUUUGAAGCAUUAUGCUUGCAUGGUGGACCUUCUUGGCAGAUCAGGUAAUCUUCAGGAUGCUGAAGCCCUGGUUAUGUCAAUGCCCAUCUCACCUGAUGGGGGUAUCUGGGGAGCUUUGCUAAGUGCUUGUGUUGUUCAUAAUGAAAUUGAGAUGGGAGUGAGGAUAGCGAAGUGUGCUAUUGCUUCUGACCCUGAGAAUGAUGGGUACUAUAUUUUGAUUUCGAACAUGUGUAGUUCUAUGGGAUGGUGGGAGGAGGCAGAACGGACCAGAGAAAUAAUGAAGGAAAGGGGCAUAGGGAAAAAAGCUGGUUGGAGUGCAAUGUAAUCUGAAGAUAAUGACAUCCAGUCUGGUUUUGGAAUUUCUCAUAUGCCUAUACAAAUAUGGACUUCCAGGAUCCACCUGUGUUUUGUUACAGAACAUAUGGCUUGAUGGGUUCAGGGUUGAUGCUUUCUUCACCAAAAGAAUUAAGUGCAAACUGCAGUAUGCUUAGUUUGCAGGGAAAUUCAAAUGUGCCCCGGAAAAUGUGUACUUCUGGGCUCUGCCUUUUGUUCAGUAACAGAACAAAUGGCUUGAUGGAUUCAGGGCUGAUGCUUUCUGCACCCAAAGAAUGAGGGCCGCUCUGCAGUAUGAUAGCAUAGUUUGGAGGCCCUGGGAGAGAAUGACAGAAUGCAGGACUAGCGGCCAUAAAGAAUGCAGGGCAUGCUAUCAAUGUAAAGAAGCCUAAAAAGAGCUGUACAGACACUUAAAACCGUUCCUUGGCUAAUAGCCUAAUACAUAUUUGGUUAGUGGAGGCUAGUUGUCUGUAAAAAUGCAGAGAGAUAAGCAAAGGGAAAAGUUUGCACUUGAAAGCAAUAACAAGCCAGAAAAAGCCCGUGAGCUAACUAGAAACAUCUGGGCCUCACUAGGAAACUCUAAUUCAAUGAAUUUCUUGUAGGAAUAAUUUUGAGAGAGGAAUCUAUGAAGUGUCAAUAAGGAGACAUCCUUGCAUUACAAUCCCA